AUGGUUCGAAAUAUCGUUGUGCUUGGGGGCACUGCCCACCCGCACUUGAACAAGACAAUCUGCGACCAGCUCGGCAUCCCUCCGGCAAACAUCCUCUUAUCGAAGUUCUCUGUUGGAGAGACCCGGGUGGAAAUAUAUGAGUCAGUCCGGGGUAAGGAUGUGUACAUCAUCCAGUCCGGCGGAGGAAAGGUGAACGAUCACCUCAUGGAGCUUUUGAUCACUAUUUCGGCUUGCAAAACGGCUUCAGCCAAACGGGUCACCGCCGUACUGCCCCUAUUUCCUUAUUCCCGUCAGAGCGACAUCCCAUACAACAAAACCGGCGCUCCGCUAGUCAAGUCAUCGCUCAACCGGACGGAUUCCCAGCUUUCUUACACCUUCGAGAGCACCCCGCCGACCCCGCAUCCCGGAAAGAUGGACAGCCUCGGUCUCGCAAACGGUAUUGACGGCCUACAUAAAGGCCUUGCAUUCGCUCAGGCUGAAGCUCGAGAUAGCUCUAAUAACUCGAGCCCACAAAAAGCGCGGAUCUCGCAUUACGUCAAUGGCGUUCCCAAGCGCAGUGACACACUAGACUCCGUUCGGUUUGAAGCAGCGACCAGGAAUGGUCCAACUUCAGCUCCUGUUAACGGAACAGCUUCGCAGGAUGAUUCCGCAAGCAUAGCAUCGAACUCAUCGAAAAUGAGCACCUUCCAGCCACGUCCGGGGUACCGGCAAUGGGUCGCUCAGGCCGGUACGCUUGUGGCUGAUCUCUUAACUUGCGCUGGAGCGGACCAUAUCAUUACCAUGGAUUUGCACGAUCCUCAAUAUCAAGGUUUUUUUGAUAUACCAGUCGACAAUCUCUACGGUCGACCCCUUCUCAAGAAAUAUAUUCAAGAAAACAUCCCCAACUACAAGAGCUGCAUAAUUGUUAGCCCCGACGCUGGCGGCGCAAAACGAGCUACCGCGAUCGCCGACUCGAUGGGCAUGGAGUUUGCAUUGAUUCACAAGGAACGUCGUCCGACAAAAAUAACAGACAGGCAAAACGCUACCAUGAUGCUGGUUGGCGAUGUGAAGGAUCGUACAUGUAUUCUGGUCGAUGAUCUCGCCGACACCUCAAAUACCAUCACGCGUGCUGCCAAGUUGCUGAAAAAGGAAGGCGCAGCGACGGUAUAUGCGCUCGUCACUCACGGGAUCCUCAGUGGCGAUGCGAUUGACCGCAUCAACGCCAGUGCUCUUGACAAAGUCAUCGUUACGAAUACGGUUGAUCAAGAUGAACACCUAAAACGAUGCCCAAAGUUGGAGGUCUUGGAAGUUGGCCAUGUGUUCGCAGAGGCCAUCCGCCGUGUGCAUCAUGGGGAGAGUAUCAGUGUACUUUUUCAGUACGACUAA